AUGUAUGAGCCAGUAGCUAUUGUGGGUACAGCUUGCCGGUUUCCUGGUGCAGCGAGUUCUACGUCCAAACUUUGGGAUCUGUUGAAGGCCCCGAGGGACGUCUUGAAAGAAUUUCCCCCCGAAAGGCUGAACACGGCCAACUUCUACAACGAGAAUGGCGACAUGCAUGGUCGUAUGAACGUUGAACACAAGUCAUACCUGCUUGAAGAAGACGUUCGCCAUUUCGAUGCUGCCUUCUUUCGCAUCAAUCCAAAGGAGGCAGCUGACAUGGACCCUCAGCAGAGGCUCCUGUUAGAGACUGUCUACGAGGCAUUCGAGUCAGCAGGGUGGUCUCUUGACGACGUAUCUGGUUCGGACACUUCAGUUCACGUUGGCACGAUGACAGACGAUUACAUCAUUAUUCAGGGCCGAGAUCCUGACACGCUUGGGAGCCAUUCUGCCACCGGUGUAUCUCGAGCCAUCCUAUCCAACCGCGUUUCUUACGCUUUCAACCUCCGGGGAGCUUCUCUGACUCUCGAUACAGCUUGUUCGAGUUCACUGGUCGCCCUUCAUCUUGCCGCUCAAGGUCUCCAGAAUGGGGAAGCCACCCAGGCCGUCGUGGCUGGAAGCAACUUACUUAUGGACUCGUUCUACUACAUCGGAGAAUCAUCGAUGCAUUUGCUCUCUCCGGAUUCCCGCUGCCGUAUGUGGGAUAAGGAUGGUAGUGGUUACGCUCGCGGAGAGGGUUGUGCCGCUGUGGUGUUGAAGACGCUGUCCCAAGCGAUUCGCGAUGGUGAUCACAUCGAGUGUGUCAUUCGAGGAAGCUUGGUGAAUUCCGAUGGAGCGACCAAUGGAAUCACAAUGCCAUCUCCUAUCGCACAAGCUGCCUUGAUCAAGCAAACCUACCUGAAUGCGGGCUUGGAUCCUCUCAAAGAUCGAUGCCAGUAUUUCGAGUGCCACGGUACCGGUACCCAGGCCGGAGACCCCGUUGAGUCCCAAGCGAUUCGAGACGUGUUCUUCCCGCUGGAUGGUACGCAGAGUAAUGACGAAGUGUUGUACUGCGGCUCUAUCAAGACGGUGAUUGGCCAUCUUGAGGGCUGUGCUGGACUGGCUGGAAUUCUCAAAGCCUCACUCGCUAUCCAGAAUGAAGCAAUCCCGCCCAACAUGCACUUCAAUAAUCUCAAUCCAAAAGUUGAGCCUUUUUACAGGAACUUGGAGGUACCUACCACCCUCAUGCCUUGGCCAGAGACGAAUGUCGGACCUCGCCGAGCCAGUGUCAACAGCUUUGGGUUCGGCGGAACAAACGCACACGUCAUUUUGGAAAAUUACGACCCUUCUCAAGCUCAAAUGGGCACGAUGUCUUCGACUUCUGCUUCAUCUUUCUCAGAAGUUGCUGCGAGUGACGACAUGCAUCAAUCUCUGACAGAAGAGAGAUACAUUGGGCCGUUCGUGUUCUCAGCCAGAAGUUCGGACUCAUUGGUCAGCUGGCUCAAGCUGUUGUUGAACUAUCUGCGGGAGAAUCCUUCCGUGGACCUUGACGCUCUUAGCAGCACCUUACAUUCUAAGAGGACAGUAUUUCCGUACCGGGUCACCAUUCCAACGGCUUCAGAACUGAACGACCUUGUUCAAAAGCUCGAGGACAAGAUCAACACUAUGGGUACUUCGAUAACCAGGCCAGCUGGGCUCACUUCCAAGUCUGUUCAGAUUUUGGGUAUCUUUACCGGUCAGGGAGCACAAACAGCACAAAUGGGUUGCGCAUUACUAGAGCACUGCAAACUAUUCAGGAGCUCCAUUAGGGAGUGCGAAGAAGCUCUUAGGAGUAUACCCGAACCACCUUCGUGGUCACUCAGCGAAGAGCUCCUCGCCAAUUCCACAAAAUCACGUGUUUCAGAAGCUCAAUUCUCACAACCACUAUGCACGGCAAUCCAGAUUGGUCUCGUUGAUCUUUUGCGAGCUUGUGGGAUUACGUUCUCUACCGUUGUUGGCCAUUCCUCUGGAGAAAUUGGCGCAGCAUACGCAGCGGGUCUGUUGACCAGGAGAGACGCAAUGGGCAUCUCUUAUUACAGAGGCUACGUUGCUCACCUUGCCCGUGGAGCAGCUCGAGAGCCUGGAAGCAUGAUGGCGGCAGCUAUGUCGUUUGAUGCCGUAUCUAAGCUCUGUUCUGAACCACAAUUUAAGGGUCGUAUCACAGUAGCAGCCAGCAACUCUCCUUCCAGUGUAACGCUAUCUGGGGACAGAGACGCACUCGCAAAGAUGAAGGAACACCUGGCCGAAAUCAACGUACAGGCUCGGUCACUUCAAGUUGACGUUGCAUAUCAUUCACAUCACAUGCUCGCCUGCGCUGAUGCUUACUUGAGUCACCUCAAGAAACUCAACGUUCGCAUCCGAACGCCUCCUACCGGCCAAGAGUGCCAAUGGUACUCCAGCGUCAGGGCCAACACCAAUCUUCUCGACAGACCAUUUGAUUCUGGACUGGAGUCUCAAUACUGGCUGGACAAUAUGGUGCAACCAGUUUUGUUUUCCCAGGCUGUUAGCAUUGCUGUUCAGGUCGCUCCCUCAAAGUUCACCUUCGCAAUGGAGAUUGGCCCCCAUCCUGCACUCAAGGGUCCUGUCACUCAGACACUCAAGCAAGCAAUUGAUUACUCCCCUCAAUAUAUCGGCUGCUUAAGCCGAGGAAAUGAUGCUAUUGAGACCUUUGCGGGCAUGAUCGAAGACCUGUGGAUCAGCGCCCCCUCCGCGAUCAAUUUUGAGGGCUGGCGCAAUAGCUUUGAACUUGAAGCACAAACACAGGUGCUCAAAAACUUACCCUCAUACGUCUGGGAUCAUACACAGGUCCAUUGGCGCGAAUCACGAAUGGGCCAGAACUACCGGCUUGGCAAACAACCUCCUCAUGAUCUCCUUGGUCGCCUCUGGAAUGAUGCUCAGUAUGAGCAUGUUUGGCGCAACUUCUUCAAUCUCAAUGAGAUGCCCUGGGUCAAAGGACACGUCUUUCAGGGCCAGGUUUUAUUCCCAGCGACCGGUUACAUCAGUCUGGCAGUGGACGCCGCAAAGGCUUUUGUCGCAGGCCGCCCACUCAGACUCAUCGAAAUUCACGACAUGGCGAUCCCCACUGCUUUGGUCAUUGGCGAGGGAGAUGGGACCGAGGUUAUGUUCACAAUCCGCAGCCGCGUCCCACCCCAGAAGGUCGAGGAAGGCUCCGUCUUGGAAGCAGAGUUUACUUGCUAUAACUACGCCGAUGGUCGUGAGGCUGACAAAACUUGCCACGGCCGUUUGCUGAUUCACCUGGGCGAACAAAAGCCAGAAGACAUUGUACCUACCAUCAUCUCUGAGGUGGAGCUUACUCCGUUCAAUGUCGAUCGGUUCUACCAUGCGGCGUCGGAGAUAGGCUUUGGGUAUGAUGGUCCUUUCCGUGCCCUUUCCUCUUUAAACAGGUGCUGGGGCCAUGCCAAAGCAGUUGCCUCGUGGCCAAAAGAAGACCUCAACGUCUCCUGUACUUUGCAUCCUGCCAUCCUCGACGUUGCCCUCCAAGCAGGGCUGGCAACAUUUGUCUCUACCGCUGAGAGAUCCAUGGCGAGUUCCUACCUCCCUGUGGGGGUUAGACGAGUCCUUAUUCACCCCAACCUGAACUUUCAGUCUCUCGAUGGAUCCACCGGUAUUGAGAUCGAAGCCUACAUGACAACCCCCGAGCUAGGCAAGCUCACAGAAGCCGAUAUUAACGUGCGCCCAGUUGAGUCGGGAGCUCACGAUGAUUUUGGAGGGGUCCAGCUGGAAGGCAUCAGAUUCAAGGCAAUCUCUGAGCCACAGCCAUCUGAAGACCGCAACGUAUUCGCGAAGACGAUUUGGGGCCCUGAAACCGCAUAUGGCCUUGCUGUAUCACCAGCUACAACGGUCUGUGGCAAGUCGUCCAAGUAUAGCCCCGAGGAAUACGAACGUGUCGCACUUUUUCAACUUCAGUCACUUGGGCGAUUGAUCGAAGCAAGAGACCCGAGCGUUCUGGAACCUCAUCAUGAGGACCUGAAACGAUUUAUAGAUGCGUCUGUUGCACAGCUCCGCGAAACUGACCAUCCUGUGUUGAUCAAGGAGUGGCUGGAUGAUACACCCGACAUCAUCCAAAACUUGCUUGACCUGUAUCCGGACGACGUCGAUAUGGCCAUGUUGGCGUCCAGUGGAGAGUACAAUCGCUCCCUGCUGAACGGAACGGGCUCUCACGAAUAUGCCAUCGGAAGCCUGCCUCAUUCCUUUUACAACGACAGUAGCAGCGCCACUGCAUGCGAUGACUACGUCGCUCAGCUCGUACUUCAAAUCAGUCACAAGUUCCCGAGAACCAAUAUUCUCGAGAUCAGUGCUGGCGUCAGGAACACCACUUCUGCCAUUCUUGAUGCUGUUGGUGACGCUUACGGACAGUAUACCUGCACCGCUGCUUCGGAGAAUGUUGUUGAGCGCCUGAAGAACAGCAUCAUCCCAGCCAAUUCGGAAAAUCUGAAUUUCAAGGUCUUUGAUGUCCAGACUGAUAUUACUUCGCAAGGAUUGAAGGCAGCAUCAUAUGAUGUUAUCAUCGUGACCGAUGUUCUACGAGGGAGCCGGGACCUAUCAAGCACUGUGCAGAACUUGCGAAGGUUACUGCGUCCAGCAGGUUUCUUGAUUACGAUAGAACUCACGGGAUCGUCACUUAGGCCAACUGCCAUGGUGGGAGGCUUGCAGUCAUGGUGGACUGGUGUCAGUGACAGAGCAGCAGCAAGCCCAGUCAUCACCACCGGCGAAUGGGAUAAGAUUCUCGAACGACAUGGAUUUUCGGGCAUUGACUAUACCCUCCACGACAUCGACCAUGUCAAUAUUCACGGAUUCUCCGUUUUCGCUUCCCAAGCUACGGAUGAUCGGUUGAGCGUCCUGCGGGACCCGCUCAUGUCCAUUGAUGUGAUCACACCAACUGCUGUUGUCCUCAUUGGUGGUGAAACGAGCAAAGUCUCUCAACUCAUCCGACAAUCAGAGAGAAUGCUUCGCGGAUGGGCCACAGAGAUACAGACAUAUAGCCGUUGGAGUCAGGUCGAUUCGUCUCGAAUCCCACCAGGAGCUUCUGUCAUUAACUUUGGCGACCUCGACAAGGCACUCUUCUCGUCUCCACCCUCACCAAAAGAGCUAGAGAACCUCAACCGAGUAUUGGCAGUCUCUCGGAAUGUCUUGUGGGUCACAUCGAACCGGCUUGUCGAGGACCCAUAUUCCAAUAUCAUGGUUGGCAUCGGACGCGGGGUGCGACGUGAAAUCCUCGAUACAACGGUUCACUAUCUAGACUUCGACGGGGAAGAACCGUGGAACAUACAAACAGUGUUGACUCAGUUCCUCCGUCUUGUAUAUUCGUCCUCUCCUGGCGCUAUCGAUGGGCUCCUUUGGUAUGGGGAGCCAGAGGUCGUCAUCAAGAAUUCCCAAAUGCUGGUGCCGCGGGUUCUGGCCGAUGACAUAUCCAACGAGGUCUAUAACGCAAAACGUCGUCGCUUCCCCAAACUCGUUGAGCCUACAGAGCCAAUCGAGAUCUCCAGAGACGUCGUUUCUGGAGAUUCGAUUAUUGCUUGCAGCCGUGCUCUUGACCUUCCCGACGACCACUUGCCGGUCCAAGUUGAGCUGUCGGUAGCUCUCAAUGACGAAGACGAAUCCCCUUGCUUCCUCUGCUACGGCAUAGUGAACACUCAGGCUAGCGACUCGGCAGCUGUGUUGACGUUAUCAGCUACCGAGUCAUCCAUUGCACGUAUUCACAAGGACUUUUCCUCCAAUUCUCUGGAUAUACUGGACAUGGAUGCAGUAGUUCUCACAAAAGUGGCAAACUUCAUGAUUGCAUCGGUUAUGGUCGCUCAGAUGUCGUCGCACGGCACAACUCUCGUGUGCGGCGUGUCUGAUCAGCUAUCUGGUGCCAUACGCUUGUUGGCGGCGGAUGCAGGUCGCAAAGUCCUGUUUGUCACGACUUCCAGCAAAGACCGACAAAAUGGGGUUGCCGAUGUCGUUUACAUUCAUCCUCAGAGUAGUGCACGCAUAUUCCAGCGAAAGAUUCCCCGCGACACAGUUGCGGUCUGCGGUUUUUCUAAGAGGGAUACCGAUGCAAUUUCUCCGUGGCUACCUGCUGGCCUCUCCGUACAGAGAUUCCACGUCAGCACUCUAUCACAAAAGUCCGUCGAAGAGGCUAUCGGGUCUUACUUGACGUAUAAAGAGCGCGUGGUGUUUGGGUCAAACCCUGAGGUUCUCAAAAUCCAUCAGGUAUCCGAGCAUCUUUCCCCUAAUCCGGUUCGCUUGUCUUAUGUGACAGAUUGGAAGCGAGACGGCCCAGUAACGGCGAUACUCCGCGGUCUCGAGCCAAGCACACUGUUGUCACCUGUUAAAACAUACUUCCUGGUCGGUAUGGCGAGUGAACUCGGUCAAUCUCUGGUAUCAUUCCUGGUUCGCGGUGGUGUUCGCCACAUCGUCCUAUCCAGUCGAAAUCCCAAAGGCGGUCAAAACUGGAUUCAUGAUCUCCAGAAUGUCGGUGUCGAUAUUCGAGUGGUGAAGCUGGAUGUUACCGUCCGUUCACAGGUUCGAGAGACGGUCGCCAUGCUUCGCCGCACAAUGCCUGAAAUAGGUGGUGUAGCGAACGCAGCUCUCGUGCUGGAACCGGGCAUCUUCGCGAAUCUGUCCGCUGAGAGUAUCGCCAAGCAGAUGAAACCCAAGAUCUAUGGUACGGUCCAUCUGGAUGAUGAAUUCAAGAACACCAAUCUAGAUUUCUUCAUUAGCUUCGGUUCUUUAGCUACAGUAUGUGGCAACGCCGGACAGCCUAUCUACCAUGCGGGCAACGCUUUCAUGAUGAGCUUGGUUGAGAAGAGAAGACGCCGCGGGCUCGCAGCCUCCAUUCUCAACUUCGGAAUGCUUGUGGACGUCGGAUAUGUUGCCCGUUCAGAUCGAGAUACCGGUUCAAAUAUUGAGGAAUGGCUCCGCGUCGACCUCACGACCGCUCUAUCCGAGUCGGACUUUCACCAUGUUUUCCUUCAAGGAAUUGCUCAAGGCCACCCAAGCACCUCAACCGGUGAGGUCAUCAUGGGUUUUGAGAUGUUCCUUGACCAAGGACAACCUCGCCCACGAUGGACCGAGUUGCCCCUCUUCUCUCACAUGGUUCGAGUCUCCAACACCUCCCAAACGGGGCAUGCACAGGAGGGGGCUGCCUCGGGGCCACAGUGGCAACAGGACCUGGAAGAGGCUGCCACCAUUGAUGAGGCAAUCCCACCGAUCACCGAGCUAUUGUCCAAGAAAAUCGAGUCGAUGAUCCAUGUCUCGCUUCAUUCAAUUCAUCCAGAUGAGCCCAUGUCGCAUCUCGGAUUGGAUUCUAUCAACGCCAUUGAGAUUCGGAAAUGGUUGCGAGAAAAGUUUGGAGCUGAUAUCUCAAUGCUCAAGAUCCUCGGUCGAGACUCUCUCUCGUCUAUUCUUCGUACAACAGCCGAGCAAUAUAUGGCUAAGAGACCACCAAAAGAAAGCAAAGCCAAGGAGGAGAUCUCGACAGUGCAAGCUACGCAUCCAGACAAGACGUCAGUUCCCCAAGCAGCACCGACGGAGCAGAAAACUUCAGCUGGAAAGAAUGGCCCUAAUGGAGUACAGGAUGCGAGAGAUACAGGAUCAUCGAUAGCUUCCUCUGAGGCUUUCCCGGACAUAUCCACCCAAGGACUGGAACAGGAACUGUCAUUCGUAAAAUCCGAAAACCUGUCACAUUCUCAGGCUGGUUUUGUCUACCUCAGCGCGUCCUCUGAUAAUCCGGCAUCUUUCAACAUUACUGGAACAUUGAAGAUCAAGGGCUGCUUAGACGUAGAAAGGUUCUCUCAGGCAUUCAACCAAGUCAUGGAUCAUCAUGAAGUGUUGCGAACAUGUUUCUUGGCAACUCCUGGAAGCUCUCAGGUUAUGCAGCACGUUAAGAAGAAUGCGACCCCCCGACUGUAUUGCUUGCAGUCGACCAAGGAGACGGCAGAUGCGGACGUUAAGACCAUAUUCGACCAGAUUGCAAAACACGAGUACUCCAUUGCCACAGGAGAUACCCUUCGAGCCACUCUGGUCAGUCACGAUGCACACUUGCACACUCUCGUCAUGGGGUACCACAAUAUCGUUCUCGAUCCUGCCUCAAUCGGGUUCAUUUUCGCUGAUAUCAACCUCGCAUAUCAAUCUCAACCCCUACCAACGGACUCUCCCUCGUACAUGGACUAUGCUCGUCAGCAAAUUAGAGACCUUGAGGCAGGUCGUCUCAACGCGAGCAUUGACUACUGGAACCGCUUAUUGAACCCCAUUCCGGAAGCUAUGCCCUUGCUACCGAUGGCAAAGGUCAAGACCAGACAGACCCGUCGGUCUUACGGGUACCACCUCAUCGAAAGAGAGCUCAGUGCCGAGCUGGUCCAGCGUGUGACGCAAAUUAGUGAGGCUCACGGCGUCCGUCUCAUGCCCUUCUACUUGGCCGUCCUGCGAGUUGCUCUCUGCCGCCUGCUGGGCAUCGACGACAUCUGCAUUGGUGUUGUGUCCCAUGGUCGCGAUCCAACAAGCAAAUUCGGAGCCACAGUCGGCCAUAUGGCCAACAUGCUUCCCCUCCGGUUCAAGGGAACUUGGGGUGAGAAUUUUCCAAAGGUUCUUCAGGACACCUUCGAGAUUGUUUUGAACAGCCUGGAUAACCACAAGGUACCAUUUGCUGUAAUCUCGGAGCAGAACAAGGUAGAGGGCAGUGAGGGCGGUAUUCCUCUUGUUCAAGUUGCGUAUGACUAUAGAGUCGGUGAGAACUUCGCAAGCUCUGUCGGAGACUCUACUGUGGAGUCAGGAAGUGCAGUCUACACAACUCUACAGGACUUGACCCUCAGCGUCCUGGAUUCUCCCUCUGACGGCCAUAUUUUUGAGAUCAGGUGCAGCGAUGACUUUUACAACCCUGCAGCUGCAGAGUUCAUUGCCGACAUCUUAUUCAAUGCCAUCGAAUCUCUGGUCUCAAACCCCUCCGUCCGGAUCAAGGACGUCGCAAUCUUCAGCGAAUCUCAGCUGCACAAAGCUAAAACAGUCGCUCAUGGUGCUGAUGUCAGUCACUCGUGGCCCCAGUCGUUGCCUGAAAGGUUCGAGCAGGUUGUUGGCAGCUUUCCCGAUUCUAUUGCCGUUAAAGAUGGCGACCGGGCCGUCACAUAUAGUCAAUUGAAGCGGUUGGUCGGGACCUACGCCAGCGUUCUACUCGAAGCAAACAUCACGAUUGGAUCCCGGGUUGCAGUUCUAUGCGAGCCGAGCAUUGAUCUUUAUGGAACAAUGUUGGCUGUCUUCCACAUCGGGGCUAUUUUAAUUCCACUGGACGUCAGCGUGCCAGCUUCUAGGAGAAACGAUAUCAUGAAUGCGGUUCAGCCGGAUCUCCUAGUGUUUCACACCGCUACUGCAGGCAGUGUGAUUCAGCAUCACGACAAACAUAGAUCGCUAAACAUAAGCGAGAUCGCCCAGUCACAACCCCAGCAUGAGCAAUACCCCAAGCGCGCUGUUUCUGACCCUGGAUCGGUCAGUUACAUACUGUUCACAAGUGGUUCUACCGGAGUUCCCAAGGGUAUCAAGCUGCACCAAAGAGGCAUGAUGAACUACGCUGCUCACACGAGCAAGGCAUACGGUCUCGGGCAGGUCACAGUAUUGCAGCAGACAUCCAUCGGUUUUGACCUGGCCUUUGGGCAAAUCUUCAACGCCUUCACCAAUGGUGGAACACUAGUCGUUACUCCUGCUGAAGCGAGAGGGGACCCUGAUGUGCUUUCUGAACUCAUUCUCAACGAGAACAUCGAAUACACUUUCUGCACUCCUUCCGAGUACAGCUUGUUGUUGAGCUAUGCCCCAGACGUCUUGCGGCGAUGCCACUCUUGGCGCUUCUGCCAUGUGGCUGGAGAAGCCUUGCCUGAGCGGCUCGUUGAGGCCAUACGAGAGCUAAAACUGCCCCGCCUAAUGGUGACCAAUGCUUAUGGGCCAGCUGAAGCUUUUGUGGUGACCAGUCAGGAUAUUCAGGUCCGCAAAGGAUAUUCCAGUGACGCCGACGACUAUCGACCCGGGUCCAUUGGCUACGUCCUCCCAAACACGUCUGUUUACAUAAUCAGUGAAGGCCACGGAGACCUUCUACCUUUGGGCAUGCCCGGGGAAAUCUGUAUCGCUGGCGGUGGCGUCUUCAACGGCUAUCUUGACGCUGGACUGGAUGACGGUAAACGUGUGAAGAACCCAUCCGCGAGCGCAGAAUAUCUGGAACAAGGGUUCGACACCAUGUACAAGUCUGGAGAUUGGGGCAUCCUGCAUGAAGACGGAUCGAUCGAAUUCCUGGGCCGCUGUGUUUCUAACAACACAAUGAUCAAGCUCCGAGGCUUGCGCAUUGAUCUCAGAGAGGUCACCGGCGCCAUCAUAGGAGCAGCGCCGGAUGACUUAGCUGAUGCAGCAAUAGUUGUUUGCGGCGAUCCACAGUUCCUCGUUUGCUAUGUCGUCUUCAAAGCUCGGAGACACCUCGAACAACAUCAGCUUGUAGCCCUUCUCCAAAGACUCGCACUCCCACAGUAUAUGAUCCCAUCGGCCAUCGUUCCGUUGGAGCGUUUGCCAAUCACUCACAAUGGAAAACUCAACACCGCUGUUCUCGAGGGGCUACCACUGCCCACAAUCUCUCCGCAAGCCGAAACCAAGGCUGAAGCUUCGGGAACAGAGGCAAGUCUUCGCGCCAUAUGGAUCGAUGUCAUUGGAGCAGCCGCGCAAAUGGUGCAUAUUAGCCCAGACUCCUCUUUCUUUUCGCGGCAGCUAAAGGCAGUGUUCCGAGAGACCACCGCCGUGUUGGACGAGGUCGACAAGAUAGCCAACGACCGGAUCGAGGCAGACUACGACCGGCAUGUCACGCACGCAUGGUUGAACCGGACUCGUUGGGCCCGUCAUUUGGGCGGCUUAGACCGCGAAUGGUUGCUCGAAUUGAUCCAGAAACCCAGAAGGAACGAGAAGGCGUUGAGCAAAGUUUGUUGGGCGGUGCAGACGGUGAUUUGGAAGGCCCAGCAGGCUUCACGUCCAAGCGUUGUCGGUUUUCCGGCAAUGAACUACGUCAACCGCCGCGAAAUGGGAAGCGAGACCAACGAGAAACCGUUCAAUGCACGCCAGACAGGCAAGACGAUGGCCAAGUAUGCCGGCUGGUGGUCGUCCAUCAUCCGUUACAUUUGGCGGACCCAUGAGUUGGAGGCCGUUAAAGCACAGGAAACGGAGGCCGUAGAAGCACAGGAAGCAGAGGCGGAUGAGAAAGAGAGCGGGGACGGUGGAUCAAAGGGUGUCAGGGGACGGAGGCCACCGUAUCGAUUGACAGCCAGCCAGAUUGUGUGGUUGUGGAAGAUCAAACAAGUCGCAGGCGAGGACGAGGAAGAAGCCGAAGGCGGAAGUCAGCACCAACCAAUUGAAGGCGGAGACGACGACUCAGAGAGCGAAGAGGAGGUAGAGGAAGAGGAGGAAGAGCUGUUAGAGGCUCACGUUUUAGGGUUUUUGGUAUCGUUGUUGGACCAUCAUUUGAAAGACAACGAGUACAAGAGCGCGCUCGUCAGCGCCACAGCAGUAAUGGGGGUAGAUGGCGAUCGUGGGUGGAAGGACCCGUUAGCGUACACGCCCAUUAUUUCCGCCAUCGUUACCGUUGCACGGAUGUUGGUGUUAUAUACGGCGGUGAAGACGCGUCAAGACCGCGUGACCGAGAUCAUGAAUAAGGAGGGUUACGCCCGCCAGGACGCCGAUGAAAUGGCCGUAAGCCAUUUUGAACUGAUCAAGGAAAGCGCCAAUCGUUUCAUGACGUUGACCAGCUACGGCGGCAUGCCCAGUCCGAUGGACUGGUUGUUGCGAUUGCGGACGUAUGGCAUGAAGAUCCGGUUCAACACCAACGCAGAUGGCGUGAUUGAAUGGGUGGGCGGUACAUUGUUAUACGGCCAUAUCCGCUUCACGAUGCCCGGUUUACGGUCGAUGAUCCACGGAUUGGUGGAAACGGCACGGUUCGAAUUGCAAAAGCAGUUGCUGUUGUUAGCCAUCGACGAGGAUGGCCGGCUAGCGGAAGGGGCCACGCCGUUGCCAACAAUUCAUUGGGACAGCAUCGUCGACAACCCAGCCGAGAUGAAGGUUGGGUGGAACUUUUUCCAGGACAAGCGCAACACCUUUGGAGGCAUAGACGGGAAGAGUUGGUUGGCGCAUCGCGUGAUUCACGAGAAGAGGUUACAAGAGACGCGCAAGGUAGAUCUCCUUCGGGCCAUCAUCAACGAGCAACUUCAUGCUGGCCAACUCGAGCAACAGGUCAUUGCGCAGACGUACAGCAGCCCAGUCGCAAAGACGGAGGUCUCCUCCUGGCUUGAAAUGACAAACUGGCCCCGCUACUUUGAUGGUCUGGACAUGACCAAGGUGGCGCCCUUAGCGUACGGGCCCAAUCCCGUUACUGAGGCGGCUCUGGUCAUUAUGGGGGAGAGUUUCGAUCGUAUUAUUGAGCAGGCUUACCGAGGUGUGAAGGCCUCCAUAAUACAGUCUGCUCUCUUCACCUCCAUUAAGAAACGCAAAGCACAGCCAAUACUAACUCCACCAUGA